UUGUCAAGCUGACAAUAUCAACCUUAUUUGUCAUUUGACAAGUCUGCAGUGAAAAAUUGAUAUCUCUUCAUAAUUUGUUAGAAACAACCAAGACGAUGUCGGUUAUUGCCUUUGAGGUGCCCAUGCAGCCGUACGCUGGUCCGCUGCUUAUCAUCAAGGACCUCAUUCUGCCGGACGUAGCUCCCCAGGAUCCGAGCAAGCCUUUGAAUCCGGCCAAGAAGAAGCCCCGCGCCUCCUUCUUCGACCGCAGUGGCAUCCUGAAGAAGCUGGUGAAGCACUGGACCCAGAGCAACGUGGUGAAUGAGUACUUCUUCGAGAACCAGGAGGCCCUCUUGGACGCUUUUCUGGCCGCCCUGGAGACCUACAUGAAGUACGUGGUCAAGAAGACGGUGGCGCUGUGCGAGCACCGAUCGGGCUAUCACCUCUACAACGACGAGCGCUGUGAGAUGAACAACGACAUGAGAACCACGAUGAUGUUCCUCAACGAUCUGGAAACGGCCGACUAUGGAUCCUCGGAUGACGACGCCGGAUUCUAUUACAAGCGUCGCGCGGGGAAUGAUGAAAAGGAGAGCAGGGCCAUGCGAUUUGACUCGGUGAAUGACACCGCCAUGUUGGCCAUCGGUGGACGCAAGCGUCCGGCGGAAGCUCUAGUACCGGACGGUACUCCAAGCGGCUCCAAUGGCGAUCCGGCUUCCAGUGCACCGAUGCAGAGGCCCUUUGCUCUGCGUUUCAAACAUAUGAGCAUCCGGGAUGUGCUGCAGUUCAUGGAGGAGGACAGGCGCUACGCUCGCUCCAAUAUGCUGCACGAAGCCUACUUGCGGUACAGGUCCUGAAAAUAUAUUUUACUGAAUAUUUAGAAUAAAAAAUCCUGUAAAGACCAGCAGCUUUUGAAAAGAAUAAACAAAUGUUUAAUAUUCAUUUUCAACACAUAGGA